AUGCAGUUCGCUCUUUUCUUGUCCUGGUGCUGCUGCCUGCAUGGAUGUGCGCUAGGGACUGGCUUCCUCUAUCAAUUCCCAGCAUCAACCCUGCAGCACAACUACCCAGAGCAGAGCUCGGGCUCGCCGGGCAGCGGCUUCGCCAGUCGCCGGCAUUGGUGUCACUAUACGGUUACACGGACAGUUUCCUGCCAAGUGCAGAAUGGGUCAGAAACGGUGAUCCAGCGAGUUUAUCAGAGCUGCCGGUGGCCAGGACCUUGUGCCAACUUAGUGAGUUACAGGACUCUCAUCAGGCCCACGUACAAAAUGUCCUACCGAACUGUGACCACGCUGGAGUGGAGGUGCUGUCCUGGCUUCACGGGGAGCAACUGUGAAGAGGGUUCAUCUGGCCGCCAGCACGGUUACUUUUCCAACCAGGACCAAUGCAUGAACUGCACACGACUAGCAGAUAUGACCGAGAGGCUGAACACGCUUGAGGCCAAGAUCCUUCUGCUUGAGGCUGCGGAGCGAAGCCCACCGUUGGAAAACAACCUGCCAAUCACUGGGACGACAGCCACGUGGUACGACGAUGUGCUACCAGAUGCCUUUCCCCUGAUGAAUCCCGGGACUGUCCUGAGAAAAACAGUGGGAUCUGUUGAGCCUAAAGGACACAGAGGUGCAGAGGAGCAGCUAAUACCACAGGGGCUGCCAGGACAGGUUGGUCCUCCAGGCCCAGUUGGACCAACUGGUCUUCCAGGACCACCAGGGCCAAAAGGAGAGAAGGGACAACCCGGUGAGAGGGGCCCGGCAGGGCCACCAGGGCUGUUGGGACCUCAAGGACCAAGAGGACUUCCAGGAGAAACCGGGAUCCCAGGUCCCCCAGGUCCUCCAGGGCCACCAGCCACCCCAAGCCUCCCUCUUACCUUCCAACAAGGGGUUCUCUACUCACUCCAGCCCACAGCUGAAAAAGAAAAUGGAGAACCCCAGCUGGCCUCCACCGUCAUAGACACCAUCAUGGCUGGCCUGCCAGGACCACGGGGAGCCCCAGGCCCUGUUGGGCCACCAGGACCACCGGGUGCAUCAGGACCCAAAGGCCCACCAGGACCUAUCGGAGUCCCUGGAUCACAAGGCUUACCGGGCUCUCCAGGACAACCCGGGCCAAAAGGCUCCAAAGGAGACCGAGGAGAGAGAGGGCAAGCAGGUCUGACUGGAGAGAGGGGCAUUAAGGGAUUUCCUGGUGAACCAGGCAAGAAGGGUGAGGAAGGUGACAAAGGUGCUGAUGGGGAAGGUGUUCAACAACUUCGAGAAGCUCUGAAGAUUUUAGCUGAGAGGGUAUUAAUUCUUGAGCACAUGAUAGGAAUUCAUGACUCUUUAUCUUCCAUUGAGCCAGGCUCUGGACAAGAUGUGAUCCCAGGCUCCCCUCUGCGAACCAGCAUCAAGAUCAAACGUGGAGGACCGCAGCAGCCACAGGCCUACCAGAUCCUCUCUUCACUGCUGGAUGACAGUGAAGCCAAAAGGAGAAGCAAUCGGAUGAAGUAGGAGCAUCUAUGUGUUUUCCAUGCCUUUCACCAGUUAAAGAUACAGUAUCCCAGUGCUUAAUUGCAGAGUGCAAAUGAAGUGGGUAGGAGGCUGCAGUGUUGGCAACUGGGUUUCCUUACCUGGCCAAUGCUAUGCUCUUAUUGCAGGGAAUGUCUUAUCUAUAGCUCAGAGAGGGUCUUAUGAACAUUUUUCUUGAUUUUGUUGUUUUGCCUUUGGAAUACCAGAUGGCAGGUGUCCUCAGAAGCUGUCUACAGAAAUGACACCUCCUGACUGUGUCUCAAGAGUUUAAUCCUCCCCUUGUUUCCCCACUGCCCUUGAAAGUUACUCAGUUAAAGCACUGCUUAACUGGCUGAGACAAUCAGUCCCGUCUAGACUCAAAGCCAAGCCUUAGCCUUGUCCAUUGGUAUAGUUGAUGGCAUCUGCUUUUAUUUCAUGUGGUGGCGUGAUGCUGACUUCCAGGUGAAGAUACCACUUUCAUAGGCCAUUAAAGCAUUCUCACCUGCAGGGAUUUCUUUUAAGCAAAGAACAAAUUGGAAAAUUCAAAGAACAUUUACAACUGUUACUCUGAAAAUUCAGGUUACUCGUUGGAAUUUAGCAUCAAAAUCUUGGCUUUUCUUGUUGCUAAUUGCAUGUGAGUGGCAUUAUUUCUAUUUGUGGUUGGCUAAGCAAGGACUUUUGAUGCAAAUGUUCAUGGCAACACGGACUUCCUGUCUAUCUUCAGUGAGAUUAGACUGUUUCUGUCACAUUAUAGAGCAGUUUGUAUGAGAUAUGUUGGAAUUGUGCAAGAAUUUUCCCAUAUUCUGUUCAGCUUGUGCAUACAUCUAGAGAUAAUUAAUUUAAGUAGUAGCAAUAACUAUCCACAGAAAAGGAUAUUUUGCAAUAGUUUCUUAAUCCUACAUCAAUAAGGAAAAAUGUUUUCAUACUGUUUUGUUUUUAUCUUGUGAGUAAAUCCUUGCCAUUUGAAUCUGGAGACAGUGCAGUAGCAAACCACAGCCUAAGGAGUGAGAGUCUUGUCAAGAGCUUAUCUUGCACUGGGAGGUAAAUACAAAGUCAUUUUACUUUUUGCAAUAACUUGUUAUCUUGGGGGAAGUCCCAGCUCCAGGGUUAAGAAGUUGAACCUGCCCUUCAGUGACAAAUGAAUCACUACACCUGCUGUGCAAACCAAAUUGGACAGGUUGAUGUCAUUCAUGUAGACAGUGAUUUUGGUUAGAAAGGGUGAGCCUAAUCAACAGAACCAAUGGUACUAUUUUUUUUUUAUUUUUUUUUUAAUCCCUCCCCCAUUCUGACAGUUUUCAAAUUCAGCCCAGUAUGAAAGUGAGCAAACUGAGUUUGUGUUUGUCAUUUUCUGGCAUAAGUCAGGUAAAUUGGUCACAUUCUAUCUGGUUCCUAGUGCAAGAUACAGCUAUCUGAAAAAGGCAAACUGUACUGCUACAAUAUUUCUGUCAAAAAAAUGAAGGAGCUCUGCCUGCCCAACAUUAGCCACACAUUAAAUUAACUUUCCAUAUACAUAGUAAACAUUGUAGACCUACAGAGACAUCAGAACAUCCAAAUCUUUCCUCUGAAGAGCAUUGUAUUUUCAGAAAUGAACAGGUUACAGGCUACUUCAGGAUGACUGGAUUCGCUGUAUGUCUUUAUUUGGCCCUGUUCUUUAGAAAUCCAACCAUCUGUCCCAAAACAGGCGAAAUGGUGUAAAUUGAUGCUGAGCAAGCACCAGAACCUUGUCCUCAUACAGAAGCUUUUAACUGCUGUACAGCUAAAUAAUAAACAGCCUUGGUUUAAGCUGGCUUGGAGGCUGCAGUAAAUGCAUUUACUUGCCCUGCUUUUGAAUCCUCGCGCUGCCUGGCUAAUGCCAGUGGUGGAGCUCAUUCAGCGGUCAGCCCACGUAGUUCAGGUUGUACUUCCGUAUGCUCAAGUUUUCCUUCGGACAUUUCAAAGAAACAAGCCCAAAGCGUUACAAAAGUUUGGGGAGUUGAAGGCAAGGUACAAUCGGGUGCUCUCGUUCCAUAAGACUCCAACAUGUGAAGUGAAUGCAGAGUUUUGCCAAGAGCUGAUGCUUCAGGCUGCAGCAUUACUCUGCCUGCCUGUUCUCUGAAUUACAGCUGGAGCAUGAUAUAGUCAGAAGACAAGAAAACAAGUAAAAGUGCCCAAGUCAAGCAGGUUACUGGCUUCAAGCAGUCAUCCUGAAUUCAUAAUCCUUUUGGGAGAAUGAAAUAAAGUCUCCUUGAAUGCAUCUUAGUUUCAAAUCCAGCACCAACUCUAAAUCCAGUGCUAACUCUAAUGACAGUAUGUAUAUAAAUGAUCCUGAAUUAAAUCAGUGUCUUAAAGAAGGCUGGCAGCCAGCUCUCAGCCUAAAACCAGUCACAAAUACGAACAGCUCAACUUCCAACACUUAGCGAAUGACUGAAGCGCCGUACAGCAGCCCAUGUCCCUCCUUUCACUACCAUGAGGGCAAUAGCUCUGUUGAUGGACAGCUGAGCGUGGUGCAGCCACGGAUAUAUUCCUGGAAUAAUCUUUCCAUUUAGGAAUUAAACACGUGAAAAAAGAUGUUUCCCCAUUUACAGACUGAUUACCAUGUAGGAAUUGAGAAGUACUUGAUUAUCUCUUUGUUGAAUAGGGACUGUCUUGGUCUUGAUCACAUGGAGAUUACAAGACAUAGCUGGUGGCUUCCAGGAGAGAACUCCUUAUGCCUACCAGUAGGUGUUGGAAAAUCAGGCCCUGAAGGCGGAGGAGAAAUCCCAGUUCAGUCUAAACGUGUACACUGGGCAGGCUGGUGCUAGCUGUAGUCGCUUGCCACAUGAAGAAAGUUUCCUCAUGGCAGUUUCAGGAACUAAAACCCAAGCAGUCUUUAAAAAGGGAAAUGGCAAAAUUUGGUUUCACUGGUCCUGUAGCUACAGGGUUGAAUUUGGGGAAGAGGGAGUACAAUAGGGCCAUUUUCACUUCCCUGACAUUUUGGAGCCUUCACACUGAAUUGAAAGAGAAAUUUUUCUUCCUCCAAGUUUGUCUUCCUGAAUUCAAAGCUAUUGCAUUAGCUUGAUGAGUGCUCUCUUCAAGUCAUUCAUAUUGACCAGGAUUUUGGAUUUUAAAUUAUUUAAAACAAAUUACUGGCAAGAUGAAAGGAAAUCUAAUGGAAGUUAUUUUCAAUGAAUCCUUCCAAGUCAAUUGUCAAAAGACUGGUUAGGUUUGGGUUGCAACCAUUUUAAUUAUUGACUUUUCCAGAUUUCUGUAUGAGCUAUGUAAUUUUUUUCUCCCCACACUUCUUGCUUUAUUUAGCUACAUCUCUCUCUCACGCGGUACUGUAUCUUUAAUUUGGGUGACAGUAGGGUUAUACCAAAUGGACUUUCUCUCUCAGCUGGGGUUUCCUUCCUCUGUACUUACACAAGGGUUGGACCACACUGUUGUGCAGUCCCAGUUUAAUUAUGUUUUAAAGGUGAACACAGCCUCACACGCUGACGUUAAUGAUAUUCGUGACUAAGCAAACCACUCCAACCACAUUUUCCAUCUUAGGCAGGAUACUAAGAUUCAUGUUAGCCAGGGCAUAUAAUGCAUCUUGCCAUGUCUAUGUAACUUAGAAAGUGGAUUUAUUUUGAAUGCGUGCUCAUUUAGAAAUAUAUUUUAAUUGAAAUGUUUAGUGCUUUAUCUUACAUGCAUACUGUGCAAUACCAUAGUGUGUUCUUUUCUUUUCUUUUUUCCCUAAGACUUUUUUGAAAUUCUUAAUGUUUCUUUGAGCUCCAAUGUAGUUUUGACUUGGAUCGGUUCUGGUAGUAGUAACGCAUUUUCCUUGCCUUGAGCUAACCAGAAGCAGCAGCAGCACAUUGCACAACCAAAAAUCUUUGCAAUUUGUGCACCCUGAUGUUCACCAGCAAUCUGGUACUCCUGGGAGGCGGAGAAUGCUUCUCUCCAGAGUAUCUAAUUUGCACUUACUGUAAAGAAUUAAUAGCGACCCAGGGAAAUGGGAAUAAACUAGAGAGAAGAGCCCUCACCUGCUCCCACCAAACUCCACAGUAAUUUUGCCAUCAACUUUGACAGGAACAGGCCAUAAAAAUCAGAUCUAGCUCCGCAGCUAGCACAGACUGGGGCUGCUUUCAGUGGAGCAGCGCAUGUGGCUCACAAGCAGCUUUCUGAGAGUUUGGCUCUGGGACUGGGGUUCACUCCCAGUCUCUGCAAUGAACUGUUUUAAUGGAGGAACCUGACCACUGUGACAAAGGCCUCUAACAGACAAUCAGCUUCUGGAAUUACUUCUCGAUACAAUUUAUUGGAAAUCCAUUCUCCUCCACGUUUACAGCUUCUGUCUUAUUUGAGAUUACAUUCCAUUCUGGUGUUUGGUGGUAUAGGGGUUUAAACUACUCGCAGUUUCUGUGAUUGCGUUGAAACCAAGCAAUUCAAAGGUGCUAUAAUUGUUCACAAAGCACAUUCCCAUCCAUAGAAGGAAAUGUUAACUUUUCCACUAGUUAUUUUACACAGUAUUUUUUUAUUUAUAUCAGUGUGUUUCGUAUGUGUGCAAAUGGUCCCGGCUUCUCUCAUUGUAAUAAGCUUUACAACCAUUUGGUCUUUUAUAGGGCAGCCAUACGCAGUAUCUUGCAAUCAUGUGUAAUUUCUUAACUUAGAGCAAGAAUAAAGCUCGUCUGACAUGAUCAACUCAUUUAUGGCAGGCUCUAAUGUUUGUUGUAAACACAACCUGUUUGUUCCACCUCUUGCAUGGUUACUUAUCUGUUUUCAUAUUGCUAUGUUAUUGUUCAAAAUAUCUAUUUCUCUUUAUUUGCUAUGGGUUUUGUUACUGUAUAUGGAAUGUUUUGUAUUCAGCAUUUUCUUACAGAGCAGAGUGGGAACAGUAUUCAAGAACCCACAAAUACCAAAGACCUUUCAUGUAAUGCACUGAGAAAUAAACAUACUGUA